AUGGUCACUAACCUACCUUACGCUGCAGAUGCGGACAGUCCUCUAAGACCAGAGGAACUUCAGGUCUUGCGCGCACAAUAUGAGAAGGAGGGCGAAUACGUCGGAGUGCAGACCAAGUUCAACUACGCCUGGGGACUCAUCAAAUCAAACGUUCGAAGCGAACAACAGGAAGGUGUUAUCCUCCUCUCGCAGAUCUUUCGCACCGCUUCAGACCGUCGUCGGGAAUGUCUCUACUACCUCGCUCUCGGGAAUUUCAAGCUAGGCAACUAUGCAGAGGCGCGCAAAUAUAACGAUGCAUUGCUCGAACACGAGCCCGACAAUCUACAGGCUGCUAGCCUACAAGAACUCAUUGACGACAAAGUCGCCAAAGAGGGUCUGAUGGGAGUUGCUAUUGUGGGUGGUGUGGCUCUUGCUGCUGGGCUGAUCGGCGGUCUUCUCGUCAGAGGCUCGCGCAGACGUUGA